GGUCCGAAGAAGUGUGUGCCCGUGCCGUCCUUGUUUGUGCUUCUCCCCGCGACCUCUCUGCGACCACUUCGGGGAGAAGUGCGGCGGGUGCGCGUUCCAGAACCUGGCCUACCCCGCGCAGCUGCAGGCGAAGCGGAGCCUGCUCGCGCUGCGCCUCCGCGAGUACGGCAUCACGCGCGGGGAGGAGCUGCUCCGGGAGUUCCGCUUCUUCCUGCGCGACGGCCCCCGCAUGGGGAUGCACCCCGCUGGGUCGCCGGUCCCGGUGUGCAUCUCGCAUUGCCGGCUGCACCCCGCCGCGGCACAGCGCGCCUUCGAGGUGGCCGUGUUCGACGAGCGCACGGGCCGCGGCUGGCUCUGCAGCGCUGUGUUCCGCAGCGCCGCGGCUCCCGGCGCGCCAGAGGGUGGUGAGCCCACCCGCAGCGUGCUGGUGACGCUCGUGACGAUCGCCUCCGCGCCGCGGGGCCCCCUCUCGCGCCUCGCCGCCGCCAUCGCCGAGGGCUGCCGAGAGGCCCGCCUGGUGCGCUCCAUCUGCGGCGCGCAGCUGGAGCUGGCGCCGGAGGCCUUCUCCCGCCAGAACACGCUGCUGGAGGACACCAUCUGCGAGACCGUGGCCGACCUGGCCGGUGUGGGCGCGGAGGACGUCCUGUGGGACGCCUUCUGCGGCCAGGGCCUCCUGUCGCUGCCCCUGCUCGCCGGGCGCUGCCGCCGCCUCGUCGCGCUGGACCGCUCGGCGCCGGCGCUGGGGUCGCUGCGGCGGAACCUCGCGCUGCGCGGCCUGGAGGCCAAGGCGGAGGUGGUCUGCGCCGACCUGGGCAGCCCGCGGGCGCUACACGGCCUGGGCCUCCCGCUCUCCGCGGGCCGCGCCGCGGGGCCCGCGGGCCCGGGCUGGGAGGGCGAGGAGGGCGAGGAGGAGAGCGACGGCGGCGACGGCGGCGCCAGCGAGUCUGCCCAGCCCCUGGGCGCGGCGCCGCCGCCACGGCCGGACGUGCUGCUGGCGGACCCCGGCCGAAACGGGCUGCCGAAGGCCUUCCGGCGCUGCCUGAUCGCGCUGCAGGUGCCCAGCCUGGUGUACGUCAGCAGCGGCCGGGCGCUGCUGCGGGACGUGGCGCUGCUCACCAAGCGGGGCUACGAGCUGCGGGCGCUAGUGCCCUUCGACAACGGCCCGCACACGCCGCGCCUGGAGGUGGUCGCACACCUGCGCUGGGCGGGGGCAGGCGCGGGCGGGAUCGCCAGCGAGGCAGAGCCUGAGGAGCCGUGGCCGCCCCGCUAG